CAUCUCUGUUUUCGCUUACCCAACUGUGGAAGAGAAUCCAUUUUAUCUUUGCAGAUCUCCAAAAUCUCACUUCCAAACCCUAAAUUCAUAUUGCAAGUGAAGCUCCAAUUUUUUUCUUUUGGGUUUAGACCUAUCGACAAAAGCCGGCGAUCGGAGUAUAUAUAUCCGAUGAUUCUAGAACCUUGAUGAAUAAUCUUCACCAAGCUGCCUUCCUUCAUGGACGUAUGUAAUCCGUAUGAUGCCUGAGCUGCGUAGCCACGCUCGUAGAAAUCGGGCUUCCGUUAACCCAUACCCGAAUUCAAACCCGAUUAAUAUUGUUCUCCAACCUGAACUAGAAACAGUAGGACGCGAUUGUCGCUGCCGUUAAUAAUAACGAGCUUAACAACAACAGUAACAGACAAUAAUAUUGUAAGCGUUGCCGGUUUUGAAACGACGCCGUUGGUAAGAAAGGAGGACGAUAAUAUUAAAUAGCUUAAGGUUUUGUCAGAACAGGUUGCGGAACAGAAGAUGAACGAAUUCGAUAGUGGCGGCCGUAGCGGUGAUAAGGGCCCCGGGGCUGAAGACGAUGGAAUCAAAGAUCCGAUUCCUGAAAAGGUUUCGGUAGGCGGUUCCCCGAUGUAUAGAAUUGAAAAGAAAUUGGGGAAAGGAGGCUUUGGACAAGUGUAUGUUGGUCGGCGAAUUAGCCUUAUUGGUCCGGGAGCUCUAGAGGUAGCUUUAAAAUUUGAGCAUAAAAGCAGCAAAGGAUGUAAUUCUGGGCCACCAUAUGAGUGGCUAGUUUACAAUGCACUUGGUGGUAGCCAUGGUGUUCCUCGAGUUCAUUACAAGGGUCGGCUAGGUGACUACUAUAUUAUGGUUAUGGAUAUGCUUGGACCUAGCUUAUGGGAUGUUUGGAACAACAACUCGCACACGAUGUCUAUUGAAAUGGUAGCAUGUAUUGCCAUUGAAGCCAUAUCGAUCUUAGAGAAGAUGCACUCCACAGGAUAUGUGCAUGGCGAUGUGAAACCUGAAAAUUUCUUGCUUGGUACUCCUGGAACUCCAGAUGAGAAAAAACUUUUUCUUGUUGACCUUGGAUUAGCUACCAGAUGGCGAGAUAGUUCGAGUGGUCAACAUGUGGAGUACGACCAACGACCUGAUGUUUUCAGGGGAACUGUACGAUAUGCUAGUGUGCAUGCUCAUCUUGGUAGAACUGGUAGUAGGAGAGAUGAUCUAGAGUCUCUGGCUUACACACUCAUAUUUCUCCUCCGUGGUCGGUUACCAUGGCAAGGAUAUCAGGGUGAAAAUAAAGGCUUUCUUGUUAGUAAGAAGAAGAUGGCCACCUCUCCAGAAACUUUGUGUUGCUUUUGCCCUGCUCCUUUCAGACAGUUUGUUGAGUACGUUGUGAAUUUGAAGUUCGAUGAGGAACCAAAUUAUGCAAAAUAUAUUUCUCUUUUUGACGGGAUUGUUGGUCCAAAUCCAGAUAUUAGGCCAAUAAAUACUGAUGGUGCUCAUAAGCUUAUAUAUCAAGUAGGACAAAAGAGGGGACGGUUAACAAUGGAGGAAGAAGAGGAUGAACAUACGAAGAAGAAGGUUCGAAUGGGUAUGCCUGCAACUCAGUGGAUUAGCGUGUAUAAUGCUCAGAGGCCUAUGAAGCAAAGAUAUCAUUAUAAUGUAGCUGAUGUGAGGCUUCCACAACAUAUUGAGAAAGGAAAUGAAGAUGGGUUAUUUAUUAGCAGUGUGGCUUCUUGUUCUAACCUGUGGGUUCUUAUUAUGGAUGCUGGCACUGGCUUCACUGCACAAGUUUAUGAACUCUCCCCAUACUUUCUUCAUAAGGAAUGGAUUAUGGAGCAAUGGGAGAAGAAUUACUACAUCAGUGCAAUCGCAGGAGCUAAUAAUGGGAGUUCUUUAGUUGUAAUGUCUAAAGGGACUCAAUAUUUGCAGCAAUCCUACAAAGUUAGUGAUUCGUUUCCUUUCAAAUGGAUCAACAAAAAAUGGAGGGAGGGGUUUUAUGUGACUGACAUGGCCACUGCUGGAAGCAGAUGGGCAAUUGUUAUGUCACGUGGUGCUCCAUUUUCUGACCAGGUUGUAGAGUUAGAUUUUCUAUAUCCUAGUGAGGGUAUUCAUCGAAGGUGGGAUAGUGGCUAUCGCAUCACUUCAACUGCUGCAACUUGGGAUCAAGCAGCUUUUGUUCUUAGUGUUCCAAGAAGAAAACCUUCAGAUGAAACUCAGGAGACCCUUAGAACUUCUGCUUUCCCAAGCACUCAUGUAAAGGAGAAAUGGGCGAAGAAUCUCUAUAUUGCAUCAGUUUGUUAUGGUAGAACUGUUUCAUGAACUGCCAAAGUUUUGUUCAGAUGCCCUUCUCAUUGUGUUUGAUCUUGCACUUUUACAGCGAGGGACGACUCUACUGCUUCAUUUUUCAGGAACUAAGCUCUUUAGCCAGAUUGAUUGAUCACAGCAUUAGGGAGUUGAUGUAUGCAAAACUCUACUUUAUUGUCACCAUAAUGUAGUAUCUAAUCAAACACCUGUGCACUGUCAUUCAAUCAAGUUAAAAUCUUUCAGCUCAGUUCUUAUCUUUUUCUCCCGUUAGAUGCUGACGUUCUUACCUUGUAUAGUUUUGAAAUCAUAAUUUCGUGGUUGAAGGCAAGUGCACAGGUUAAGUUUAUUGUUGGUGUGCGAGGAACAUGCAACGAUGAUUUUAUGCUGGACCAUAGAUGCUUUCAGUCAUUCGAUCUGUGUACUAUGCCUAGCAUUGUUCUGGAGUAGAUCAUAAUGAUAUUUUCAACCCUUAAACUUCUGGGAUGUCUGAUUUUACCUUAAAGAGAAUGUUAUUUUGUAUAUUUUUAAGUAACAGUAUGUAAUGGGAUAUCAUUAUUAGUUUCGGGAUAAUGUUGAUGUUAGUAUUCCCAUUUCCAUUA